ACGGUCCAGAAGAAAAGAAAACUAAGCAGAAAGUUGGAAGUCAGUCUGAAAAUGAUGGACAAAUAUGUUCAUCCAUAGUAGAUGAUGAAGCUUCAAAUAAGACCGAAGACUGUUAUAACAAGGAUCAUAAGAAAAAAGAGGAAGAGUCAUUGAAGAGUGUGCAAGAUAGCAAGGAUAAGACUCAGAACAAAAAAUCAGAGAGUCAAAAAGAAAAACGAAAAACUUAUGGUGAAACAAGUGACGUAGUCUGUGAAACAUCAAAGAAAAAGAAACGCAAAGUUAUUGAUACAGAAACAGAAUCUGGGAUGAGCAAGAGGUUAGAAGAGGAAAAAGUACAAUCACAUGAAAGCAGUAAUUUGUUGGAAAACUCAAUUGAAGUAAAAGCAAAAUUAAAGAAGAAAAAGAAAGCCAAGCUCAAAGAGUCUAUGGAUACAGGGGAAAAAAAUGAAGACAGUGAAAUGAGUAGUGAUAGGAAAAAGCAGAAUCAUGCUUUAGAGUCAGAAAAUAUCAGUAGCCUCAUAAUGGAGUCAGUAGAGCUCAAAAGGAACAGUGAAGUGUUAGGAUCUCUUGAAGUGAAGCAGAUGAAUGAUGUCGUUGAGGAAGUAGAUGAAGUAAAAGUGAAAAGGAAAAAGGAAAAGAAAGUAAAACACAAAGAGGGAGUAAAUGGAAAUGUCAGUGUGGUGAAAGGUGGUGUCAUUCUUGAGUCUUUUGAAACGGAAGCGGAGAAAGAAAUGAAACUGAAGUCAUGUGAAGGUGAGCAUAAAAUUGAAUUUGAUGAAGAGUCGAAGGAAGAAAAAAUUAGACAGAAAAAGAAAAGCAAGCGUAAAAAGUCUUUGAAUACAGAAAUACCAGAAGGAAAUAAUAAGGAAAAUCCCAAUGGUAAUUCUGGUGCAGUAGAUAACAUUGGAAUGGAACUUAUGGAACAAAAAGAGAACAGCAAAAUGGAUGUAAACUCUAAGGGGGCAGAGCCAAUGUACCAGUUGGGUAAUGAGAAGGUGAAAUUAAAGAAGAAAAAGAAAAAUAAAACAAAAGAGUCUAUGAAGACAGAAGUAAUUAAUGAUGAGAAAAAUCAGAAUGAUGUGUGUGAAUCAGGUGCUCCUGAUGUAUUAGAAUCUGUAGAGUCCAAAGAUGGGAAUGAAAGGUUGCAUACAUGUCUGACAGAAAAACAAAAAAGUACCAUUAAGUCUUCAAAAACAUUAGAUAAAGAAAUGAAAUUGAACAAGAAAAAGAAAGGAAAAGAGAAGAAAACUUUGAGUAUAGAAAGAACAAAUGAAAGCAAGAUGUCUGAUGACACAAAACACUUGAGUGGUACUUGUAAAUCACCCAACAUAGUAUCAAAAGGAAUUGAAAGACCCGAAGCUUUAGAAUUGGAGGAAAAUAAAAUUUCACUGAACACUUUUGAACCGAAGCAAGCAUCUGAGUUUGGUGAAGGAAAUAAACUGAAACAAAAGAAGAAAGUUAAGCAGAAAAAAAAUUUACUUCCUGAAAGGGCAGAUGAGGAUAGUGGAGUGGUCUGUGAGGGAAAAAACAUUAAUGGAAAUGUUGAAUUAGAAAAUACAGUUAUAUCCAAGAAGACAGGGAAAAAGAAGAAAUGCGAACAAAAAGACACCAUUUGCUCAGAGAGAGGAAAUAAAGAAAUCGAAAUUGAUGAGAGAACUAACAGUAAAAAUGCCCUUUCAGAGGAAAGUGGAAGAACUUUAUUGAUUGCCAGUGAAAAGUCAAGUAUGGAAGCUCCUUUGAAAGUUAAAAAAUCUAAAGCUUUAAAGAAGAAAAAUAAUGAAGUGUGUGAAUUGCAGGAGUCACAAACUGUGGCAAGUGAAGGCAAAGGAGCUCCUCCUGCCAAGAAGAAGAAGACUGUAGAAAAAUGUGAAGUAAUCGUUGAUAAAUCUAUAAAAAGACCAAGUGUGGAGAAUAUUUCACUAGAAGCUUUGGCUCCUGUAGAACAAAGUGAAACUGCCUCUGACGUUGGAUCUCAAACUAGGAAAAAAAGAAGAAAAAAGAAAAUGUCAGUGAGCAUUGAAGAAGGGCAAAGUUAUGAUUCAGAUAGUAAGCAAGCACCAUACAAGGAGCCAAAAAUACCCAAAAGUGAAAAUACCCGAAAGCAAAGUGGUAUUUCUGUGCAGGACCUGAAUCAGAGUAGUCACAUUUGUGCAGAUAGUCAAGGUAAUUCAAAAAAUAUUGAAGAUGCGGUAUCUAAAUGGAAGGACGAAACACCUGAAGUUUCUCAAAGUCACCAAAAGAGAAGGAAGAAAUUAGACGUUGGAAUUAAGAAUCUAAAUGAAGAAUUGGGUGAAAGUUCUGGACAUCCAGAUAAGCAGAAAAAGAAAAGGAGAAGAUCUGCAGUUGCAAGAGACAAUGAAAUAGAGUGUAAGGUAUCAAGUUUGGAAAGUGAAUCAUCUAUUUUACAUGACAAAGAUACCCAGCUUGAUGGAAGUGGUACACCGUGUGCCAAAAAACCCAGAAUUGAUAAAGGUUCUUUACUAGAGUUGGCUGAAGGCAAAGACAUUCAUAAAAAGAAGACAUUUUUAAGGAAAAUGAUUAACCUAUUAUUAAGCAACACAGAUCAAGAAAUUCAGUUGAAAGAGAGUAUUUUAACCACUUUAACAGGCAAAGGAGAAAAGGUUACAAGCAUGACAGGAAACCAAAUUGAAAACAAAUCCAAAGAACAAAGGCAUUCCGAAGAGAAGCGAAGGAAACUUAAGAAACAAGGUAAAGGUACAAAAUCUAAGGUCAGUUUAAGUUAUGAAGGUGUGCCAAAGGAGCAUAGAGGAUGGAGCUUAAGUCCUCCACACACUCACUCUCAGAAAGAAAGAUUACGUACGAGCAGCUGGGACUUUACUGUUACUAAAUUAAAUUGGGAUAAUUCAAAUGAUGCAGCACUGGCAUUAGUUGAAGGAUCACCUAAAGAAAGUGUACAAAGUAAAUCCCCUGAUAAACCUAGGAAAAACACAGAUAGCAUAGAGAAAUCUCCUAAAGCAGACACUUGUUUUGCUAAAUCAAAUAAUAACAGUGAUUCUGACCUAGAUAUCAUCUUUCAUCGAACACAUGUUAAGAAUGUAUCAGAUUCUAGUGACGAAAUAGACGAGGCUAGUGGAUCACCUGGAGAUAUUGUUCCUUGUGAUGAAGUCAAUAAAAUGUUCACUGAUGAAGAAACAAGAGCUUACCAUGAAAAGUUGUUGAAAGCAAACAUGCCUCAGGGGUCUGGAGCUCCGAUGGAAAAGGAGACAAGACUCACAAGUGACUGUAUAGAGGAAGCUUCCCUGUUACGCAUCACAGAAUAUGAACCCAUUCCGAGUGACAGUGAGGAGGGCUUGAAGGCAAUAUUGGAGACUAUAGUGAGAGACACAGGGAAAAAAAGCAGCAUUGAAGGCCUUAAAGAAGAAUAUGUGUUUUCCAGUUCUUCAUCAGAUGUAGUAGUCCUCUCUGAAGAGAAUGGUAAUCAAGAGCCCCUUCCUCAUGUAGUAGUACUCUCAGAAGAGAAUGGUAAUCAAGAGCCUCCAAGUCUUGAGGAAGGGCUAAAGAAAGAUAUUCAUGAGAGGGAGACCUCGAGUGAUAAUGGAAGUCAGCUUUCGAAUGGACCAGACAGUACUGAAUUACCUUCUUUAAUUGAACCAAAGCCCAUUCAAGAAGUGCAAAGCAUCAGCGAUCAGGAUAAGGAAGAUGAUGAAAAAUAUGUUGCUUUAAACAGUGCAACUCCUCAAAAGGAACCAGUAAAACCUCGUAUUGAUGCUGGUUGUAAUGACAACCAAGAGGCAAUUGCUAGUUGCAGGAAUUCCCAGAGUGAAUCCAUGAAUGAAAUAUUAAGGGUGAACAGCAAUGACAUGCAAGCUAUAGAACAAGUUCAAGUUCCUUGCAUAAAGAAUGGUCUUGAAAAUGGUAGUUAUUCAACUGCUGAUGUAGACAAUGAUGAAAUUUCAAAUAGUUCAUCAUCAAAAGGCGAUACUGAUGAUUAUUCUGUUUGUAAUAGUGGUAAACCCAAUGAUGAUACAAGAGAGGAAGAGUUUGUAGGAAAUGUACUUAUGGAAAAAUCAAAUGAACUGAGAGAACUAAAUCUUGAAGCACAGAGUAAUAUACAUGAUUCAUUUAAAAAUACUGAACUGAAAGAGUUAGAUAAUGAUAAUGGUGCAGAGACUGAUUUACAAGAUUCACCAAAGAGCAGUAAAUUGGAAGACAUAGAUAUUGUUGAAGAGAGUAAUUUUCAAGAUUUAUCCAAGAGCAGUGAAAUUAAAGAAAAAGAUACUGAUGCAGAUAGUUAUUUACAAGAUUCACCAAAAAUUAGUGAACUGAAAGAAAUAGAUAUUGAUGAAGACAGUAAUUUACAAUAUUCACCAAAGAUUGGUGAAAGGAAAGAUCUGUAUAUUGACACAAAGAGAAAUAAUUUACAUGAUUUGCCCAAGAACAGUGAACUUGAAGACAUACAUAUUGAACCGGAGAACAAUUUACAAGAUUCACCAAAGAAUCUAUUCACAUUGAAAGGGAAAGAUGCCAGAGAUGCACAAGGUAAUCAAAGGGAAACACCCAGUAAACUGAAAACUACUCGGACAAAUUUGAAUGAAUCACUAGCUGAUAGAGAUUUGGGUGGUAAUAAGUCUAUGGAUUACAUAAAUUCACAUGCAAAUGCUACAAACAGUACUGCUGAUGAUAAUCAUAAGGAUUCUCCUAAUAAGAAUAUUGAUUUUGAAGGAGUGCCUAAUGCUGAUGCAGGAAUAAACCUCCAAAAUAAAAGCAUUUUCACAUUUACAGAUAAAGAAAAGGAAACAGAUCUUAAAAUUCAGAAUGACAGAGCACCUCUUUCACCAAACAGAAUUGAAGUGGUGGCUUUUGUUAAUGACUCUGUAACCGAUGGGUACAAACCAGAAAACGCUCCUACACCAAAGGUUGAUCAAGACAAAUUAAGUGAUAGUUAUGAGAAUGUUUUGUGCAACGAUGGUGAUGAAGCUUACGAAGCCAGCAGUGAUGCAUCAGAAGAACCAACCCCUGUCAGUCGUAGAAAGACCCGCUCCCAGCGUAAGUGUGGUCCUUUGUUGCUCAAAACUGAUGAGGCUUCUGAUUCUGAUUUUUCACCCCUAAGAAGAAGUCAGAGAGGCUUAACUCUUAAAGAAAGGCAGAAAGUUACUGCUGGUGAUGCUAAAGUUGAUGUAUCAGAAACUAGUUAUACUAAAGCUGGUAAAGAAUGCAGUCCAAGUGAAUCUGAUGAUGUAGGUCAUCUUAAUGGAGUAUUGGCAUCGGAUGCAGAAAGUGUAAAAAAUUUCUCUCUAUCCAAAAGAGUGCCAUCGAAGAAAAUAGAGAGGAGAAGAAGCAGAAAGAGCUAUAGUUCUUCAAAGGAAUACGAAAUCAGCCCUAUGCAGGUUAAAACGAGAAGAAUGAGGAGGCAGUGUUUUUCUGAGUCUGAAAUGGGUAGUUACUUUGCUGAGAAGGGAUUUCUUGAUAAAGUGAGACCUACACAAAAAACCAAGUUUUCCUCUACUGUAGGUAAAGAUGGCAUUGUCAUCAUGGAGGGGUGUCCAAAGGAAAAGGUACUUUUAGAUGCUUCAUCUCCUUCUAAAGGAAUGGCUACUAGAGUGCAACGAUCUUUAAUACCGGCUUUCUCAGAAGGGUGUCAAAAGGAAGUUGAUACAACUGAUAGUGUAACUGCCUCUUUAACCAUGGAUAAUGAAAAUAAAGGCACUCAUAAUAGUAUCCAAGAUAUUGCUUUACAAAGUGGUCAGUGUUCUCAUUCGAGUGACAAAAGCACAAAGUCAAGCUUUUCAGAGUGCAGUGUUACUAGUGAUGGACAGAAAGGUUCUGAAAGGAUAGAUCAUUUUGAUGAUGAGCAAGUUUGCUUAGAUGAAGAUAAGGAAGAGGAGGCUUAUAGUUUUAGAGAGUUACUAGAGGAAGAAGAAGGAGAUGAAAUUGAAGUACUCUCGACAUCUGGGUUGGGUGAUAGUGAGGAUGGUCUUGAAUGCAAUGUGGCCAUAGUAAAUAAAAAGGCCAUUAAAAAGUACAAAACUUCUGGCAAACCAGCUUGUGUAUCUAAAAAGCUGCAACAGAAUUAUUCACAAAGGAAGUCCAGCAAACAAAGCCCUUUGGGAAAAAAGUCAGACCCUUUCACAUUUACUAACAAAGACUCUGACAGGUUAGAAAUUCCACAGCUGAAAGCACAGCGUGUUUCAGAAGCUGUUUUGGCAAAGGAAGUACUAAUUAGUCCUGAUGUUAGUGAUGAAGAAUGUGAAUUAGUUUUGCCUUCAGACUCUGGUGGAAGUGAAUUGAAGAAAAAUGCCUCUUCUUCGGAGGGACUCUGUGAGCUGCUGAAGAAAUUACCUGAAGACAGUAAAAUUGGAGUUAAGCCAUGGAGUCGGAGGGGAGGAAUUCGCUCACCCCAGAAAGUUAUUCCUGAGGAACAGGAUGAGACAUCCUUUUCCAGAAAGAAAUCAAGUACAAAUAAAGUACAGGUAAAUUCUUCAGAUACUGGAAAAUCUUCUGAUGAAGACAUUCAAAAUUUAGGGCAUUCCUCUGAGUUUCUGCCAAGGACACGUGAUAGAAGAGAGACUGUGGGUGGUAAAAGUAAGUCUGUAAAAAAUAGUAAUUGUAAUCAUUCUUCCACGAAGAAUGUUUGUAGUGGUGCUAAAGCCUCAGAAGAUGAAAUUUCUGAAACACAGGAUAAGUAUAGUUUUGCGAGCAAGAGAAGAAAACGAGGAGAGACUGAUGAAGAUGAAGGAUCUUCAUCAGCAAGAGUGACACGUAGCAGGGUUAAGAAAGCUGCAACACCAAAUAUUGUUUCCCCCUCCAAAAAGGACCCAUGUACCUUGUUAACUGAAAGUACGUCAGAUAGUAAUGAUAAAGGAGAUAGUUCUAGUGUGAAAAGUGAUUAUUCUCCUCGAAUUCUACGAAGCAAGAGGGCAAUUAAAAAUUGUGCUGUAUCAGUUACUCCACUGAAAGAGAGAGAGAGCCAUGUACCAAAGAAGGGAGUGACUGAUGAAAACAGCAGCAGUGAUAGUAAUGAAAAGCAUUUAAGAUGUAAAAAAUUGGUAUUGGAUGGCCCAGAAAGCUUUACACGAAAAGGUGAAGGCGAGUCUGAAACAGAAGGUUCAGGAGAAAUUGGUAGUUCCUCUGAGAGAAACCAAAACACAGUAAACACAAUAAAAUCUUCUGCUAGGCUGCAGUCUAGGACUAGGUGUGGUGACAAAGUUGGUCAUGUCUUAACUAGUCCUGUAAAGGCAGAUAUUCACUCAGAGCCUAAAGAGAAGGGCCAAGUAGGAAUGGAAAAAAGUAAAUCUAUAGGAACAAAGAAUUUAGGAGUUUCAGAAAAGAGACAGGAAUCUACGAGCCAAAGUAAAGAGCAAAAGCCGAGUCCUGUAAAACGAAGGACUCGUUUGUCAUGUGCAAAGCAAGAAGAAAGACAACAGACUCAACAAGAAAUUGCCAUGCAGAGUGAAACAUCACAGGCAAAGAUGAGUUGUCAGGACAAAAUUCCCUCUCUGCCCCACAAUUCUGAAGAAUCAGAAGCUUCUCCUUUGCCAGAGCUUCCCCAGGAACCAAACCAUCCACCUUUGCAAUUAUCAAGGCCGUUGCCCAUAGUUGCCCCGUUGAAAACGUCAACCACUGAAAUAUCAUCACCACUCAAAGAUUCCUGCUCAAAAACUUCAGCUAUUGUGGUAUCAAGUCCAUCACCAACAAAGACUGUAAAGGAAAUCACAUUUUCCCAUCCCCAAAGUAAAUUGGCUCAAGAGGAAACACGUGAUUCGCCCAAGGAAAGUCCCAGUCAACCAGUUGGGAAGAGAACUCGAAGAGCUCAACUGAGGCCUAAUGAAGCCAAAAAUACUGGUGUAUCAUCAUCAUGAAAAGUGGACUGAUGAAACUUUCUGGAAAAUUAUUUCCAAGUUCUUCCUGUAAAUUGCAAAAUUUCUGAUAAUGUUUAAUGCUACACGAGUAUUGUGAUAGAACUUAUUAGGUAUUAUGUUUUUAACAUUUUCUGUAUGAUUGUAAGUCAUAAAACUGCCCAUGGAAAAUGAAAAAAGUUACAUCCUAAAUUGAAGUCUGUUGUUUCAUGGCAAACCAGCCUGAGAAGAGCCAUUGUUAGGCACAGAGGUCUGGAUAAACUAAUCCUUUAUAAUAAUAAUAUUUCAUGGUAAAUCAACAGCAAAGAACAGAUAACCUUACAGUUAAUGGACAACAGAUGGAAUGCUGACUGGAUGAUUUUCCAGAUUUUUUAGUUGUAAGUGGGUAGUGCUUUCAUGCAACUACACUACUAAUGGAAGACCAUCUAUGUGAAUAAUGGCUUGAACAAAUGAAAAAAUGCAGCUUUAGGACAAAUAGAAGAUUCAGGGUUUAGAAGGUGGUAUUGUACAUGUGUGUGUAGGUGUUGAUAUACCAAAUUUAGUACUUUUUUUAUGGAGGUGUCAGUGUUUCGUAGAAGUGCUUUGUUUCAGACUGUAGACCUUGUAAGAUAUUUUGACAUUAUGUUGCAAACAUAGAUGUUCAUAUUUUAGAUUUAGAUGUAUACAAACAUUACACAGUUUAUACUUUUCCACAAUAAACUGCAGUUCUUCCUAUGGAGCCAAUAUAGUGGCUUUAUCAGUUUUACCCUAUAUAUGUGUUAUAUAGUUCUGUUUUAUGAGGAUACAUUUUUGGAAAACUAGAGCAGUUUAGUUUUAGUUAAUGUAGCUGUUAUGGAUCCAAACUCAUGGUGAGCAUCUAGUUCACUUGCAUGAGUAUGGACACAAUUUAUGUAUUGUUUAGUGCAAAAACAAGAUUGUGUAUAUUGGAGGAUUCAUCUGCGAACAUUUAGUAAAUUCCUAUGAUUUAUUCAAGAUUUAGUAAUCAUGUUUCUUCUAUAUGGUACGUAGUUUCAUGUGAAGUUUUUCUUGUGAAAUGUGCCUAAAGGAUAACUAGCAGUAGUAAUUAAUAAAACACACACACACACACACACACACACACAAGGCCUCUGGUGCUACUUUCUUGUUAUGUAGUUGUUUUUAUUCAAUAGUAUUAUACAGAAACUACUUUUACAUUUAAUAUUCUCAGUCAUUCACUAACAUGUAUGAUUGAUAGUAUGGUGCCAUGAAUGUAUUCAAAGGCAACUGGUGAAGAGUUGUUGAGUACUAGGAAUGGCCUGGGAUAGCAGAAAUAUUUUUCAGGAUGUAAAAUGCUGUUAGUUAAUAGAUAGUUAUUCCAUUUCAGUGGCGUCUCAAAAUUUGAAAGAAUGACUUACAGAUUUGGAUGGUUAAAAUUUAGAUUCUCAGCAUCACUGGAAAGAAAGUUUUAAUGAUACAGACAUGGGUUCCAUUCUAGUAAUAUUAUAGAUGAGAGAAAGGAGCAAGGAUUCACUCACACUGCCUUGGCAGUGGGGUAAAUUUUCAACUUUUAGUCAAAGGGCUUCUUUUGUUUCAGUUACAUUGUAAGAGGUCGUUUCUAGAAUUUUUAAAGAACUAGACUUCAGAAAGCAUUUAUGUUUUCAGGGAAUUUUACUUACAUUUGCAUUGACACUGUUACAAGUGAGUAGAUGGUCCCAAAAAGACAAUGAUAAAGAACAUUUCUCUUACCAUGUUUGAUUACUUCUGCCAAACAGACAUUCCAGAUGGUCAAUAAUACAUGUACUUGAACUGAGCGGUAUGGGUGAAAUUGUCCAAGAUCACACAAUGCUACAGCUGUUUACGGAUUUUAACCUGACAAACCAUGUUGAUUUAAGGAGUGAGAUCUCUUAAUCUAUAUCCCUACUUUUCUAGUGUUAAAGCAUUGCACUACAUUUGAGAAUUUUGGAAUGCAUGUUAUAGUUACCAUUAUUUUGGAAUGCAUGUUGUAGUUACCAUUAUGUAUUAGUCUAUUGAAUGUUAACUUUUGUCCAUAUGUAAAUUUGAUCGCAACUGAAGACUGUAUUGUCACUGUAAUUUUUAUUUAACAAAUCCAAGAUUUAUAAUUUCAAAUUUAAAUUAUGAUGUAGGUAUUAGAAAUGAUUUCUUCCCAAUUUAUUCACUGUGAAAUCAGAGCUGUAAGACAAUUAUGGCAGUUUUUGCCAAAUAUUGUUAACCUUUGUUGUUCCUAUAAUUUUGUAAAUAGUAUAUUCAAUAUUCUUGUUUACAGUAAGACUGAUUUGUAAUGAAAUCUGGUUAUAUUAAUAUUUACAGGUGUUUGUGGUGAAAGAUUAUUGAUGUCCAAUUUCCCUUUUUGUUCAGUAAUAUGCUUUAUUUUGUAUAGAAAGCUUCUUUGCAUUAUUUUGUAAUCAUACAAGGUUUGUGAUAUAAUUUCAUUAAUAUGCCAUAUAUUCGAAAGUUAUUCUUGUACUGGAAGCAUUUUGUAAUGGCUUAAAUUAAUUGGUGACUGAAUAAA